AUGACGUUGGCUAUAUGGGCGUACAGAUUGCGCAAGACGCCAGUUUUGGCUUUGGUUGUUCCGCUGGGGCUUGUUGUUAUGCUGUUUUGGGUGUUUUUCAGCCAAGAUGAGUCGGUGCUGGGGCUUGAAGGGUCCUCUAUUGCCAGCCAUAAAUGGGCACACGAAAACGAAAAGACAUUUUAUUUCCCAUAUUCCCGGAAGUUCAAGAGUGCCAAGUAUUCAUACAACAAGAAAGCAAACUGGCUUUUUAGUGACAUGGUUGAGGAUAAUAUUCCAGCGGGUCAUAUCACGCAUUUCGAUUUGAACAAGCUACAAUCUACGGCUAACGCAGCUGUCAACAAAGAACAGGUUUUGAUCUUGACCCCUAUGCAAACAUUCCACGAUCAAUAUUGGGAUAACUUACUACAGCUGACGUAUCCUCGGGAACUGCUAGAACUUGGAUUCAUCAUUCCUCGUACUAAUACCGGUGAUGCAGCGCUUCGCAAGCUCGAAGCAGCAGUGAGAAAAGUACAAUUGGGGAAAAAAGAACAGAGAUUUGCUAAAAUCACUAUUUUGAGACAGGACUCGCAAAGUUUCGAUGCUCUGUUAGAGAAGGAAAGACACGAUCUCAAAGUGCAAAAACAAAGACGCUCUGCAAUGGCGCUGGCUCGUAACGAACUUCUGUUUUCAACCAUUGGUCCACAAACUGCUUGGAUUCUUUGGAUAGAUGCGGACAUUGUGGAAACACCUUCUACUGUAAUCCAGGAUAUGACCGCGCACGAUAAACCGGUCUUAUCGGCCAACGUUUAUCAAAGAUACAAAGACGAAAAAUCCGGCGAGAAACAGUUUAGGGCAUACGACUUCAACAAUUGGGCAGAAAGUGACAUAGCCCUAGAUAUGGCUUCCCAUAUGGCCGAUGAUGAAGUCAUUUUCGAAGGUUACGCCGAAAUGGCGACAUACAGACCAUUGAUGGCAUAUCAAUACGAUCCCUCGGGCUCUCAGGAGACGGAAACUAAACUUGAUGGUGUAGGUGGAGGAUGCACGCUCGUAAAGGCAGAUGUUCAUAGGGAUGGUGCUAUGUUCCCUAGUUUUCCUUUCUACCACUUGAUCGAGACAGAGGGCUUUGCUAAAAUGGCCAAAAGACUUGGUUAUGAAGUGUAUGGAUUACCAAAUUACCUGGUAUUCCAUAUCGAAGAGUUUAAUUAA